GGAGGGGCGAAGGGGAAUCCCGGCCACAGAAACAUCCUGUUCUGCAGCCUCGACCUCCACAUUCCAGACGCAGGAGAGCCGCGCGCGCAUGACUGACCCGAGCGGUGAUGCUUUUGGACUGAAGUGAAUUUGAACUCAGAUUGGGAUGGUGUGGAGGAAGAAGCGCUCCUCGGUGAUGUUUACAGGGAAGGACAAGCUCCUCCCCGACGAAUCAGCGGCGGUGUCAGGCUGACCGCGGAGCUCGUGGAUGAGCGGCGCGUCUCUCUCUGCGCUGCUCCGCCGCUGUCCUUUGUGUGGAGUGAAGCUGACUUUCUUAGAUUCUCGUUUGUCAGUGGGGGACGUGUUUUCGUCGUCGUGUUUUCAGGCCCUCCCCUCGUUUGGCUGAGCGCUAACAAAGCGCGCAGACCUCUGGCGAAAUGUCAAGGAUGCGCGGACAAGGAGGCGGCGUGGGACGCUUGUCACGAGUGAAACUGUGAGAACUAGAGUCUUUGCUUUUCUUGGAGUCUUUUUUUAUAUAAGUGAGACAGUAUGGGACCGCUUGACACGGGUGUGUGCUCGUGGAUCGCUUUGACUUGACCCCGGACUGCAUGAGUGUGCGCAGUCCCUCCGGCCUCACCGUGCGCCAGGACGCCCCCACUGCGGACAGUCUGCGUUCGGAUGUCAGAGCCGCGCUGAGAAAACUCACAUAAGGGACGGCAUAAAGGGGUGCUUCAGUGAGGGGAACCCCAUCCAGGAGCCCCGCAGCUCCUCAUCUGCCAAAGCAAUGGAUGACUCGGGGAUUAUAAGGCGGCGGAGGCUGCAGGAUUUGCCUUUGCCGCGCAAAAACAGCAGUUGCCGCACGAGCAACAGGAAAAGUCUGAUUUUGACGACCACGUCCCCCACGCUGCCACGCCCACACUCCCCCCUGCCCCUGCCUGGGCAUCUCGGAAGCAGUCCCCUGGACAGCCCACGGAACUUCUCUCCCAGCAACCCAGCGCACUUCUCGUUUGCCUCCUCCAGAAGAGCCGAUGGGAGGAGAUGGUCUUUAGCGUCUUUACCUUCUUCUGGCUAUGGCACCAACACACCCAGCUCAACGUCCUCCAGCUCCUCUCAGGAGCGGCUGCACCAGCUGCCCUUCCAGCCCACCAUGGAUGAGCUCCACUUCUUAUCUAAGCACUUCGGCAGCACAGAGAGCAUCACUGAUGACGACGGGGGCCGCUGCUCGCCCCACAUGCGCCCACGCUCCCGCAGUCUCAGCAGCCCUGGACGCUCGUCUUCCUGCUAUGAUAAUGAGAUCGUCAUGAUGAACCACGUGUACAAAGAACGCUUCCCAAAGGCCACAGCACAGAUGGAGGAGAGGCUGGCCGAGUUCAUUCAGGCCUUCUCUCCAGAGAAUGUCCUCCCGCUGGCCGAUGGAGUCCUCAGCUUCAUCCAUCACCAGAUAGCCGAGCUCGCCAGGGAUUGCCUGACCAAAUCCCGCGAAGGCCUCAUAACCUCAGUCUACUUCUUUGAGCUGCAGGAGAAUCUGGAGAAGCUUCUUCAGGAUGCUUUUGAGCGCUCAGAGAGCUCUGAGGUCGCCUUCGUCACAGAGUUGGUGAAAAAGCUUCUCAUCAUCAUCGCCCGCCCAGCGAGGCUGCUGGAGUGUCUGGAGUUUAAUCCUGAGGAAUUUUAUCAUCUGCUGGAAGCAGCGGAGGACCAUGCCAAAGAGGGCCAUCUGGUGAAAACCGAUAUUCCUCGUUACAUCAUCAGCCAGCUGGGACUCACCAGAGACCCGAUUGAAGCUGUUUCAUCAGAAAUGGUGAACUUGGACAGCUACGACAGCGAGGGACCGGUUACUCCAGAAACGGAUGAUUCCACAGAGGGGAAGAGCAAAGCAAUGAAACCACCAGGAGAAGCAGAUUUCCAGACCAUCAAAUUGAUCAGUAACGGGGCGUACGGUGCUGUCUACUUGGUGCGCCAUUUGGAGUCACAGCAGCGUUUCGCCAUGAAGAAGAUCAACAAACAGAACCUGAUCCUGAGGAACCAGAUCCAGCAGGCCUUUGUGGAAAGAGACAUCCUGACCUUUGCAGAGAAUCCCUUUGUUGUCUCCAUGUUCUGCUCUUUUGAAACGCGACGGCACCUCUGCAUGGUCAUGGAGUAUGUGGAAGGGGGGGACUGUGCCACUCUGCUGAAAAACAUCGGAGCUCUGCCUGUGGAAAUGGCACGCAUGUAUUUCGCAGAGACCGUCCUCGCACUGGAGUACCUGCACAACUACGGCAUCGUACACCGAGACCUGAAGCCUGACAACCUCCUGAUCACCUCAAUAGGACACAUCAAGCUGACUGACUUUGGCUUGUCUAAAAUGGGCCUGAUGAGCCUGACCACCAACCUCUAUGAAGGACACAUAGAAAAAGACACGCGGGAGUUCUUGGACAAACAGGUGUGCGGAACCCCGGAGUACAUCGCCCCAGAGGUGAUUCUCCGUCAGGGUUACGGGAAGCCGGUGGACUGGUGGGCUAUGGGCAUCAUCCUGUAUGAAUUCCUGGUGGGCUGUGUCCCGUUCUUUGGAGAUACUCCAGAGGAGCUCUUUGGACAAGUUAUCACUGAUGACAUUGAGUGGCCUGAUGAGGAUGACGCUCUUCCUGUUGAUGUUCAGCACCUGAUAUCAUCGCUCCUGCAGAGAAAUCCACUGGCACGACUAGGAACAGGCGGCACUUUUGAGGUGAAGCAGCACUCUUUCUUCACGGAGGUGGACUGGAACAGCCUGCUGAGGCAGAAAGCAGAGUUUGUUCCUCACUUAGAGUCAGAGGAAGACACCAGUUACUUUGACACCCGUUCUGAGCGCUACCAUCACGUGCAGGCAUACGAAGAAGAUGACACCAAUGACGACGAACCGGUGGAAAUCCAUCGAUUCUCAUCCUGCUCCCCUCGCUUUAGCAAGGUUUACAGCAGCAUGGAACACCUGUCCCAGCUGGAGCACAAACCUCCCCCCGUGACUCUGCGGGAGCACAAGGCCCCGAGGGAGGAUCGGGUGGGAAAAAGAGAAAGCCUGGGGAGCGUUACCCUCAGAGAAAAGAGCUGGAGAACGGGUUCUCCUGAGAUGAAGCGCUUGUCCUGCUCGGAGACCUUCUUCACCGAGUGUGACUCCAGCCUGGCAUCAGGCGCUCGAAGACGCUUCUCAGCCCUGAUGGACACGCAGCGCUUUGCCUCCCCUCUGGAGCUGGACUUUGAGCCACCUGUUCCAGGGAAGCAUACUCCUAUAAAGACCAGGGGAGCUUCCCUGGAAGGAGCUAUGGGAUUUGUCUCCCCUCAUGGAGAUCUGAGAACUUUCCUCAAAGAUGUGAACAGUGUCGCUGCUGGAGACAAACUUUUGAGACCGGCUGAUUCUACAGGAGCUGUCCCUAGUUUGGGGCUUCCUGAUCCACAGGGGUCCCGUGGGGCCACCACUGACCUGGUUCUGCGUAGAGCCCGACAUCAGCAGCUUUCGGCUGAAGGAGACAAACCUAACUCCCGUCCAGGGACCAAAGUUAUCAAAUCUGCCUCCGCUACUGCGCUGUCUGUCAUGAUUCCAGCAGUGGAGCAGCAUGGUGCCUCCCCACUGCCUAGCCCCAUGUCUCCUCGCUCCCUCUCGUCCAACCCUUCCUCUCGAGACUCCUCCCCCAGCCGAGACUGCUGCCCAGUGGUUAAUGUCCUGCACUCUCCAAUCACCAUCCACCGCUCCGGGAAGAAAUAUGGCUUCACUCUGCGAGCAAUCAGAGUCUACAUGGGGGACAGUGACGUCUACAGCGUCCAUCACAUGGUUUGGCAUGUGGAGGAUGGGGGUCCAGCCCAGGAGGCGGGACUAAGAGCCGGUGACCUCAUCACUCAUGUAAACGGAGAGUCAGUUCACGGUCUGGUUCAUACGGAGGUGGUGGAACUAAUCCUGAAGAGUGGAAAUAAAGUAACAGUCACAACAACUCCUUUUGAGAACACCUCGAUCAAAGUGGGUCCUGCACGCAAGUCAAGUUACAAGUCCAAGAUGGCGCGACGCAGCAAGAAACCAGGAGUCAAAGAGGGACAAGAUAAAAAGCGCAGCUCUCUGUUCAGAAAAAUUACAAAGCAGUCCAACCUGCUCCACACCAGCCGCAGCCUCUCUUCUUUGAACCGCUCUCUGUCGUCUGGAGACAGUCUCCCAGGAUCCCCCACCCACAGCCUCACCGCCCGUUCGCCCACUCAGACUUACCGCUCCUCUCUGGAAACAUCUUAUUUGGGCACUUCAUCUCAGAGCAGCUCCCCAGCAUCCAGCACCCCCAACUCCCCAGCAGCCUCCCACCACAUGAGGCCCAGCUCUCUGCACGGCCUCUCUCCCAAGCUCCACCGACAGUACCGCUCAGCACGCUGCAAAUCCGCAGGAAACAUCCCGCUGUCACCUCUGGCUCACACCCCCUCCCCAACCACCUCCUCUCCCCCACCUCUCAGUGGACACACAGUCGGCAGCUCCAACACCACCCAAACCUUUCCUGCUAAGUUGCACUCUUCACCCCCUGUCGCCCGCCCCCGCCCCAAGAGCGCCGAGCCUCCCAGGUCCCCCCUUCUGCAGAGGGUGCAGUCUGCAGAGAAGCUCGGAGCACCGAUUCUGCCUUCCUCUUCUUCGUCAUCAUCAUCGCCUUCUCCUUUGACAGGGGUGGUGUCGUUACGCAAGCAUAGCUUGGAAGUGACUCACGGGGAUUACAGAAGAGAGUCUUUCCACUGUGAGCACAGUCUGCAAAGUUUGCUAGAGAUUGAAGGAGAGAACGGACCUGCCCCCCCUUCUCCUUCCUCGUCUUCCUCCCCUUCUCCUCCACUGGGAGGUGAGAUCGGAGGGUUGAAGCCUGUUCGGAGGCUGGGGAGGCAGGAGUCGCCACUCAGCCGGGACACGCUCAUAACAAAAGACAAAGAUUCCCAAACUGCUGCGUCUGACAUCACUGGACGACAAGCUAGAAAUGCUACUGCUACUUUUGACAAAACUAGAACAGCAGCAUCAACUGCUGAGACAGACUUGAGUAGAACUUCAGGCGAACUUAAACCCAGAACCUCGUUGGAGGAAACAAAGCUCAAUCCUGAAAACAAACCACCAAAUCCACGUGUUUUAGGUUCUGAAGCAACAUUUACUAAGAGUAAACCCAGUGAGAAAACCUCAAACACGUCAAGGAGCCUCCAACAAGAAGACACCAAACAGCAGAAUGUGCAGACAGAGAAUGGACCUGCAACCAAAGCUCAGGAGAAGACUGAAGAGAAAGAAAAAUGCUCCGCCGGUCGAGACAAAAGUAACACAAGGAAAUCAUCAGGGAUGGAGCAGACCAAACAACCUAUAGGUCCAGAAACUCCUGAAAAAGGAGUCAUCCGCGUAAGCGACAAAACAGCUGACACAACAAAGGUCAAAGGACCUGCACCCCCAGUUCCAGCUCAAGUACAAACCCAGCCUCCAACCAGAAACAGGGUGGAGAAGUCAACAAGUAGCUGCCGAGGGGUCAAGGAGGAGAGGGCACACCUGGAGGUCCUGGAGGAGAGUCCCACGUCCCCUUCUCCAAGAGCGGCCUCGCCCUGCUCAGGCAAGUCACGGCCAAUAUCUCCAGGAGAAAAAGCCAGUUUUGUUACUCAGCUAACGAGUGUGGCUAAAACCGUGCUGGGGCCUAUGAAAGGGGGGCCCCAAGAAGCUGGUAAGGCGAAGGAUGUUGCAAAGACGAGCGAAGAGAAGAGAGGAGGCACGUUAGCAAAGGCAGACACUCUGUCUGGGGGCAUUCGAAGGGGUGCUCACAGCACUGCCCCCACCACCGCCGGGACUGCCCACUCUGGCAGAGGAAACGGCCGUGGCUUCAAGCAUCAAUCAUGAUGAGAAAAGCAAAAAUCCUCCCUCGUAAUGCCUUUUGCUGUAGCCUCACACUGACAUAUCAUGACAUAUCCUUUGAAUGCAGGGGAGACACCAAUGCCUGACAAAAA